UGCUGGUGUCUCAGAUCUUUUAGUAAGAAACUGAGGGAAGACAGUAUCAGGACAGAAUUGACAUCUGCCUUAGAGUUUGCUUUCUGAACUCAAGAAUCAAACAAAGGGUGAAGUUUCUGACCUUAGUCAAGAGACACAGCUCCCUCACUAUGGGUUCUCACUAAGCUUGUGAUCUGGGCCACAGCAGACCUCAAAGUGUCCAGGGGCUUUUCCACUGCUGUGCUGGCCUACAUCACCAUGGAUUAUCAAUAAUGGGAUUUGCCACUUAGAAGCCAAGGCUAUCUUACUCAAAAUUCUCAAGUUAUUUUUUUACAGAGGAACAUGGCUUCAGCUUCCUAUUUCUUGCCAGUUCUGGCCUUUCUGGAUUUACAUGCAACUUGGCCACCCUGUCUGCCAGGAUGUACCUGCUCAGAGGAGAAUUUUGGCAGGUGACUCUGCAGCAUGUCUCUCUCUUUGAGAAAGAUCCCAGGGAAACUUCCUGAAGAGUUCAAGCAAGUGAGAAUUGAACGUUCAUCCUUACUUGAACUGCCCUCCGGGUCUUUUGUCAACAUGAGCACAGUGGAAUACCUUUGGCUCAAUUUUAAUGAUGCCACUGUGAUCCACCUAGGAGCCUUGGAGCACUUGUCAGAACUAAAAGAGCUGAUACUGGAAGGGAACACUUCAGUACUGUGGACAGCGUUCCAUGCCACCCCUUUUUUGAGAGUCUUGGAUCCCAACAAUAGGAUUGAUGUACUCCCUGAGCUGGUUCUUCAGUUCUUGGUCAAUUUGACCUACCUUGAUCUAUCUUCUAUUAGGCUUACAGUUGUAUCCAAGAGUGUCUUCUUGAAUUGGCCAGCUUACCAGAAACACCAGCAACCUGACUGUGGGGCCAAGAUUCUCUCUAGCAUGGUGCUGGCAUUGCACAAUAAUCCUUGGCUAUGUUACUGUCACCUAAGGGGACUCUUCCAGUUUGUAAAAUCCACCAGCCUCCCAGUCAUCCUGAUGAAUCCCUAUCUGAUGUGCCGAGGCCCUCUAUCCAAGGCAGGGCAGUUUUUUCAUGAAACUGAGCUCAGUGCUUGCGUGAAGCCCCAGAUCUCAACCCCCAGUGCCUAUGUCACUAUCCGCACAGGCCAGAAUGUAACCCUGAAAUGCUUGGCACAGGCCAGCCCUCCACCAACCAUUAUGUGGAUGUAUCCCCUGAGCAUGUGGAGGGAAUUUGAUGUGUUGACCUCAUCCACCACAGAAGAUGCUGUUCUGUCAGAGCUGGUCAUACCUGCGGCCCACUUAGUAGACAAGGGCAAUUACACCUGUGUGGCUUCUAAUUCCAUUGGCAGGAGCACUGUUGUCAUCUCCCUCAACGUCCAGCCUCUCCUGGUUCUGCCUGCAUCGCAUUCUCUUUCCAUUCCCUCACAGGAUAAAGUCUACAUCAACCUGCGGGUCAUCAAGCAGACCAUGGGCGGGGUCCUGCUGGAGUGGUUUACAGUGGGAAAUACCUCUGAAGAGAAGUGGACCACCCUCUAUGUUGCCUCAGAUGUAUCCCUCAGGAAAGAGGUGGUUUACAUCAGGCCUGGAAUCAACACAUAUGUUAUGAAUGACCUCCUCCCGGGCACAAAAUACAAGGCAUGUGUCAGCCUGGGAGACCAGCCACUGCACCAGGGCCAGUGUGUGGUCUUUGUGGCAGGCCAGGACCAUAGUGGGUUGGACAAACGGGAGCACUUCCUGCACAUCACGGUGGUCCUGUGCACUGUACUGCUGGCUGUGCCUAUUGGCACUUAUGUCUGGGCAGCCCAGAUCCCCUGCAGCUGCAGGAAGUGGGGCUUUCUCUGUUGUCCUCAUCAUAGGAAAGCCCCCAGGUACCCACAGGCAGCCCCACAGCACAGAGAUCCCAUAGUGGUUGUGAGGAUGGCCUGGGACACAGGGACACUGAGGGGUGAGGGAAAGGAGGAGGAGGAGAUAGUGGCUGAAAAGCCUGGGCUAGGUCUAGAGAAGUGUGGGCCUCCAGCCCCCUAAACUGACCUUCUGUGGCUGCUCAGCUGGGUCUGAUCUAUUUAUUCAACAAAUAUUUAUUGAGCACCCACUGUGUUCUUGGCACUGAACUUGACACAGUGAGCAGUUCUUGUUUUCAUGGAGCUGAUGCCAAUGGAGCUUUAUCCUGUCCAUUAAUCAUUUUUAUUAUUCACAAUGUCUGAAAAUUAAUAAAUAUUUC